GCGGGCGCCGCGCUUGAAGAGAGCGCGGGAGGCGGUGGUGGCGGCGCUGUCAUGGCGUUGGCGCAGGAAGCGCGGCAACUGGGUUGCUGGGUGGCCGAAGAGAUGGAGGCGCCUUUGGCGGCCCGGGUCCCGGAAUCGACGCUGCGCAGGCUUUGCCUGGGCCAGGGGGCCGACAUCUGGACCUACAUCUUGCGGCAUGUGCACAGCCAGAGGAGUGUCCAGAAGAUCCGAGGAAACCUACUCUGGUAUGGCCACCAGGGCAGUCCAGAGGCCCGUCGGAAGUUGGAGCUGGAGACGGCUGUUGCCCGCCUGCGGGCAGAGAUCCUGGAGUUAGACCAGAGCCUGGAGCUGAUGGAGCGAGAGACCGAAGCUCAGGACAUGGCUGUGGAGCAGGCCCUGCAGAGCAUACAAGAUACCCAGCGUCGUGCUCUCCUCCUCCGGGCCCAAGCUGGGGCCAUGCGAAGACAGCAGCGUGGGCUCCAGGAUCCCACACAGCGGCUGCAGAAUCAGCUCAGGCGCUUGCAGGACAUAGAGAGGAAGGCCAAAGUGAAUAUAACCUUUGGACCAUUGACGUCAGCAGCCCUGGGCUUAGAGCCUGUGGUCCUGAGUGAUAUCCGAACAGCCUGCACCCUCCGGACCCAGUUCCUGCAGAACCUCCUGACUCCUCAGGCCACGGAAGACAGCAUCCCAACCCCUCGAGAUGACCACUUUGGAACUUCCUACCAGCAGUGGCUUAGCUCAGUAGAGACAUUGCUGACACGCCACCCUCCUGGCCACGUCCUGGCAGCUUUGGAGCACCUGGCUGCAGAGCGGGAGGCAGAGAUCCGGUCCCUGUGCAGUUCGGAUGGGCUCCCAGAUACAGAGACAGCCAGGUCCCAGGCACCAGACCAGUCAGACUCUGGCCAGGCCCUGCCGUCCAUGGUGCAUCUCAUCCAGGAGGGCUGGCGAUCUGUGGGUGCACUGGUCGGCGAGCGGGGCCCCCUCCUGAGGGAGCAUCAGACCCUGACCCAGCGCCUCCAGGGCCUGAUGGAGGAGGUGGAGACAUGUACCCUGGGAUCCAGCGAGAGGCAGGCAUUGGUGCUGGGGCUCCGGAGCUGCGGCCUGUGCGCAGAGCUCAAGGCCCUGCGUGCCCAGAGCAGAGAGCUAGAGGAGGCUGCUGGGCGGCAGCAGCUUCUGCUGCAGGAGCUACAGGCCAAACAGCAACGGAUCCUGCACUGGCGCCGGCUGGUGGAGGAGACACAGGAACAGGUCCGCCUGCUCAUCAAGGGCAACUCAGCCAGCAAGACGCGUCUAUGCCGGAGCCCUGGGGAGGUGCUAGCUCUGGUUCAGCGAAAAAUGGUUCCCGCAUCUGAGGCAGUGGCACCACAGAGCCAGGAGCUGCUUCGCUGUCUGGAGGAGGAAGCCCAGCAUCUGCCCCACCUUCUGCUGGGCACACUGCUGCGGCACAGCCCCGGAGGGUUGCAACCCCUGCCCACGGUCCUGCCAUCCAUCCACCAGCUGCAUCCUGCGUCCCCAAGGAGCUCCAGCCUCAUAGUGCUGAGCCACACACUAGGACUGCCCGCAGGGAAGGCCCCGGAGCUGCUCCUCCCGAAGGCCGCCUCUCUUCGCCAGGACCUUCUGUUCCUCCAGGACCAGCGGGGUCUCCGGUGCUGGGAUCUGCUCCACAUGAAGACCAGCCUGCCGCCGGGACCAUCCACCCAGGAGCUGCUGCAGAUCCGGGCAUCCCAGGAAAAGGAGCAGAAAGAGAAUCUGGGGCAGGCCCUGAAGAGGCUGGAGAACCUAAUGCAACAAGCGCUGGAGCGAAUCCCCAAACUGCAGGGGGCUGUGGGGGACUGGUGGGAACAGCCAGGCCAAGCCGCCCUCUCUGGGGAGCUCUGCCACGGCCUGUCCCUGCCCCAGUGGCGGCUUCGCUGGGUCCAGGCCCAAGGCAGCCUGCGGCAGCUGUGCAGAUGAAGAGGGAGCUCAAAUAGCAAUCGAGAGCCUCACAUUUGUUCACGCCAACACCUCCCCUCCCCCAAGAAGACCUUCGGAAGAAGAUAUCACCUGGAUGUGUCAGCCCAUCGGCUGCCCAGACCUGUCAUCUGCCUCACAGGGUGCUUUGCUCUUCCUCUCAGCUACCUUGCCCUUGUCCUUUCAUCCCACCAAAGCCAAGUGGAUGGAGUACUCUGGACGCAACCCCAGGUACCUCUGAAACUCCCGUCAUCGCUUUCACCCUCAGCAAAAAGUAACUGAGCACCUGCUCUAAACACUGAGGAAACAGCACCAAACAGAACAGACAAAAGUCCCAGUCUUCAGGGAGUUGACGUUCUAGGACAGGGAAACAGACCACUGACAAGACAAGUAAGCAAAGUAUAUAGUAUGUUGGGAGAUAACUGCUAUGGAGAAAAGUAAAGCAGGCUGUAGGUGGUGCAAUUUUAAAAACAGGGCUCCACAGCCAAGGCCACACUCUGUAAAGGUAGUGAGAAGGAGGCACGUGGGUAUCUGAGGAAGGCUUGCAGGUGACAGCUACAGCACGUGCAAAGGCCCUGAGUUCGAAUGUGCUGAUGUGAGGGAGGCAGUGUAGCCAGGCGGAAUGGGGUUUGAGAGAUGAGAUUGUCUUCUAGUUUUUAUAGUUUCUUGUUUUACAUUUCAAUCUCUGAGCCAUUUGGAAAUUAUCCAAAUGGAUUCAGCUUUGUCUUAUAUUAUAUGUAUAUCCCGGUAGCACUCAUUAAAAUUCUCAGAGCAGUGGUUGCUUCUGAGGGAGGGCUGUGUGGCAGGGAUCAACCAAGGAGGAGACAAGGAAACUUGUGGAGUUGGGAAUGCAUUGUAUGUUGAGAGUGGCAGGGGUGCCACAGGUGUGUAGAUUUGUCAGAAUUCACCCAGCUGUGCCUAGGUCUGUGUGUGUCACUGCAUGAAUUACUCUGCAAUUUAUAAAGUAAAACUUGAGGUGAUUUGAGAUGCCACCUUUUCAUACGCUGAAUUUGUGUGGUUAAUUGGGCUAGCAGUGAGUUCUCUCCAGACCACUGUACGUCCGCCUCUCAGGCACCCUUCGUGGCAGGGUUUUAUUGUAAAGGCUUCGUAAUGUGUCUCAGGACCUGAAAUGGCCAGUCGCCGUCAUGCUCUUAUUUUUCAAGGUUUCCCUGUCUCUCAAUCUUUUCUCCCAAACGAAAUGAACUUUAUACUCAACUUCCCUGGUUCCAGAAGAAAUACAAACAUGGAUGGGAAUUUUAUUGGGAUUGCAGUCCGAUUACAAAUGAGGGGUAUUUGACAUCUUUGUGAUCUUGAACCUGGCUUUCCACUUCCCUUUUCACAGCUGCUCCCUCAGCCUCCAGAGCCCUCUCGCUCUCCCAGUUCUCUUCUGGCCCCAGUGACUCUUUCCCAGUCCUUACACAUUUGCUUUGCUCUGCGCCACCUUGGUGUUCCUCCUCUUCCUCUCUUCAUCUUGGUCCCCAGCCCCCAGCCCCCUACCAAACGUGGAGGUCCUCACCCCCCUCCCUGCUUGAAUUUCCUCCAUAGCACGUCUGAUCUUCUAACAUACUAUGUGUUUUACUUUAUCUUUUAUUGUCCUCCUGAAACAGGUGAAUUCCUCUAUAAUCUAGAAGUUGGACAAACUUUCCCAAAUAUGAUUCAAAAUCCAGAUGCAAUAAGGGGAAAUAUUGACAAAAACAUAAAAGCAAACUUUUGCAUGGCAAAAAAAAAAAAAAAAAAAAAAAAA